UCUCGCGAUAGUUCUUUGGCUCCGGCACCGGUUAGAGACUUUAGAGGAAGUUGACUCUGGGAUUAGCAGCAUGUUUUGUGUUGUUGGUAGUCAGCGGUUCAGGCAUUUGGCCUGUCUUAUGAAGCGCUUUCAGAGCACAUUGGUGAUAGCAGAACAUAGCAACGAAAGCCUAACUCCAAUCACGCUCAAUGCCAUCAGUGCUGCCAAGCGUCUGAGUGGUGAGGUUUCCUGCCUCGUAGCUGGUACCAACUGUGCAAAGGUUGCUGAAGAGGUCAGUAAAGUACAAGGUGUUGCAAAAGUUCUUGUGGCUCAACAUGACUCAUACAAAGGAUUCUUACCAGAGGAACUGACUCCUUUAAUUCUUGAAACACAAAAGCAAUUUAACUUUACUCACAUUUGUGCUGGUGCAUCAGCCUUUGGCAAGAGUCUUCUACCUAGGGUAGCUGCUAAACUUGACGUUGCUCCGAUAUCUGACAUUAUAGAAAUAAAGUCUCCAGACACCUUUGUGAGAACAGUAUAUGCAGGAAAUGCUUUGAGCACAGUGAAGUCUGCUGACAAGGUUAAAGUGUUCACUGUGCGAGGAACAGCCUUUGAAGCUGCACCUGUAACUGGAGGCAGUGCAGUUUCAGACCAGAUUUCACCUCCUGCUGCUGUUGGUCUUUCUGAGUGGCUAGGGCAGAAUUUAACGAAGAGUGACCGUCCAGAGCUAACCAGUGCAAAGACUGUCAUUUCUGGUGGUCGGGGGCUGAAAAGUGGUGAAAACUUCAAGCUGUUGUAUGACCUUGCAGAUUUGCUCAAUGCUGCAGUUGGUGCCUCGCGUGCUGCUGUUGAUGCUGGCUUCGUACCCAAUGACAUGCAGGUUGGACAGACUGGAAAAAUUGUAGCACCUGAACUGUAUAUUGCAGUUGGUAUCUCAGGAGCAAUUCAGCAUCUUGCUGGCAUGAAAGACAGUAAGACAAUUGUUGCCAUUAAUAAAGAUCCAGAAGCACCUAUUUUCCAAGUCGCGGACUAUGGUUUAGUAGCAGAUCUCUUUAAG